GUGGCUCCUGCGGGGACGCGGGCGCCGGGGCCGCCGCGACGUGUUGCGCUCGGAGCCCGCAUGGGCUGUGCCGCACCGGCUGCUGCGGCCGCGCCGCUCCCGGCCGCCCUGCUGCGGCCGCGCCCGGCUCCGCAGGCUCCAGCUGUUCGCUGGGAUGCCUUAAAAGACCUCUGCCUUCCCGCAGUUCAUUUCGGGCUGCACUUGCCUCCUCCUCCUCCUCCCCACGGCUUCGAGCGAGCCCCUUCUUGAACUGCUCGGCACAUUAUUGCUGCUCGGUGCAGGCGGGCAUUUCCAUGCGAGCGCCAGGCGCCCGCUGCUGUAACGUGCAUCAGCACAUCAGCCACCUCCCGCUCCGAACCCGGAGCGAUUUCAUUACUUGUCGUGGUGCAGGGACCAUUUUUCGGCAGGAAGGUCCAGUGUAAGUUUAUUUUCGGCUUCCGCUCUUCUGUACGGCCGUCGGUUUUGUUCAGCAUCCCCCGGGAGCCGAGGGAACCGAAGUUGCCAGGCCGGGCGGGCGCCGCCCGUCCCUGGGGAAGCCCGGCGGCGUGAGGCCGCCCGCCGCCGCUGCUUAUGCAACACAUCAUCGAUAACCACCCCGACAUGGCCACGGCGCUGCUGGCGGGCGAGAAGCUGAAGGAGCUCAUCCUGCCGGGGCAGCAGGAUGACAAGGCGGGCGCGCUGGCGGCUCUGCUGCUCCAGCUGAAGCUGGAGCUGCCCUUCGACCGCGUGGUCACCAUCGGGACCGUCCUCAUCCCCAUCCUCCUCGUCACCCUCGUCUUCACCAAGAACUUUGCCGAGGAGCCAAUAUACUGUUACACACCACACAACUUCACCCGCGAUCAAGCCUUGUAUGCCAGAGGAUAUUGCUGGACAGAAUUAAAAGAUGCCUUGCCAGGAGUUGAUGCCAGCCACUGGCCCUCCUUGUUUGAGCAUAAGUUCCUACCUUAUGCACUGCUGGCUUUUGCUGGGAUAAUGUACAUUCCAGCUCUGGGCUGGGAAUUUCUGGCCUCAACUCGACUGACUUCGGAGCUUAAUUUUUUGCUUCAGGAGAUUGAUAACUGCUACCACCGUGCAGCUGAAGGGCGGGCACCAAAAAUAGAGAAACAGAUUCAGUCCAAAGGCCCAGGGAUAACAGAGAGAGAGAAAAGAGAAAUCAUUGAGAAUGCAGAAAAGGAAAAAAGCCCCGAGCAGAACUUGUUUGAGAAAUAUCUGGAAAGAAGAGGACGAAGUAACUUUUUAGCUAAGCUUUAUCUUGCAAGACAUCUGUUCAUCAUCUUUUUAAGCAUCAUACCAAUCACAUACUUAUCCACCUACUAUGCUACACAGAAGCAAAAUGAAUUUACGUGUGCACUAGGUGAGCCUCCAGACAAAACGAGCAGCUCCAAAUUGCACAUCAGAGUGAACUGUAAACUGCCAUCUGUCCAGCUCCAGCGGAUUAUUGCUGGUGUAGAUAUUGUUCUCCUCUGCUUCAUGAACUUGAUAAUCCUCAUCAACUUGAUUCACCUCUUCAUAUUCCGCAAGUCUAACUUCAUAUUUGAUAAACUGAACAAAGUCGGAAUAAAAACCAAGAAACAGUGGCAGAAGUCCCAGUUUUGUGAUAUUAAUAUUUUGGCCAUGUUUUGUAAUGAAAAUAGGGACCACAUAAAGUCAUUGAACCGUCUGGAUUUCAUUACAAAUGAGAGCGAUCUGAUGUACGACAACGUGGUGCGCCAGCUGCUCGCGGCGCUGGCCCAGUCCAACCACGACGCCACUCCAACCAUGCGGGAUUCAGGGAUCCAGACCAUAGACCCAAGCGUUGAUCCAGCAGACAUUGAUGCCAAUGAACAGCUCAUCAUUAAGAGGCCAAGGAAGAAGAUGAAAUGGAUCCCGACCACCAAUCCCCUUCCCCAGCCAUUCAAGGAGCAGUUAGCCAUCAUGAAGGUGGAGAACCACAAGCCUGAUAAGCCCAAGCCCGUGCGGAGAAAAACAGCGACAGACAGCCUUAUAGCUCCUUUGUUGGAGUCUGCUGCAAAGACCUCACAGCAAUCAUCCGCUCACAAGAGCGAGCCAAAUGCCAUCCCAAGCACAAGCAGUGAAAAAAAGCACACACGGCACUUUUCCUUGGAUGUUCAUCCAUAUAUACUCAGUAGCAAAAAACCCAAGCCAGAGGUUCAAGCCAUGCCCUCGAUGCCUACGUCAAAAAGCCAAGAGGGUGGAUUUUUAAACCAGGAAGAGAAUGUUGUAGUGCAUGUUACCUCCUCUCUCAAAGACACCCCUCACCCUGCAAAAGAGAUCCUGUACUCAUCCGAGGCAUGCAGAACUGUGCCCGCGGCUGCGGCUUUUGUCACGUGCAACCACAACCACAUAGCCACCACUGCUGCUGCCACCAGCGUGGCUCUGAACCAGGUCAAGCCAGAGCCUGCUCCUGCUCUGAGCUGCAACCCAGCCCACCCCUUGCUGCACAUCAACACGCUGUACGAGGACCACGAGGAGGAGGUGUCCAGCAUGAUGGACAAUGGCAUUCACUCUCCGGCGGAGCCCGGGGAGAUGCUCUCCAUCCCCACGCCCAAGCAGAUCCGGCUGGCGACGUUUGACGAGCCCAUGGCCAUGGUGAGCUCGGUGGAGUACUGAGGGCAGGCCCGGGAGCGCUGGCCAGGUCCCUCCCCCAGCAAUGCAACUCACUGCAUGAGCAUGGAGAGUUUUCUCACGGACUAUCGCUUCUGGUAAUAACACCAAACGGUCUUUCAGGAUCACAUCAUAAGCACUGGCAGUCAUUUGCAAAAUAGAAUAGAGGAAAUCUGGUGGAAAUAGACCUUUAACACUAAGACAAACCAUUAGCUCUAACUCUAAACUAUAGCUUCCUGAUUGAAAUGGGAAUUAGCACAAUUUAUGAACAUUAAGAGUCUAAUGGCAUGCCACAGCAAUUUUAGUGAGUGUUUAAAUCCUUUGCAUUCAGAAUCACUGAUUAAACUUAACAUGGAAGUGAGGUAUACUUUUUAAUGGCAGCAGUUAAAUAAGGGUUCUUUUCUAAGCAGGGAGGUUUUUUUUUUUUAAUUCAGGAUUAUGAAAAAGUUAUAUGCAAGCAAAAUUUGUGUUUGUUUGUUUAUUUAGCUCACUGAUGUUGGGCUUGAUGAAGACUUAGCUGAAAGGGCCUUACUACCACCAGCAUUUAAGUGCAAAAGAUUGACACACUCAAUCUCUUGCAUUUAUAAAUGAAAAUACCUGAAUUAUGCCCCGCCCUUUAACAUGCUUAUAUGUUUGAUGGAAGAUGAUUAAAUUAAGAGUUUAUUUUUUUAAAUAUAUUUUACCAUGGAAAAAAUUACUUUAAUAACUUUUCAAACCAGGUGUUACUUUUAACAAAAUGUGUAGAAGAGAGUCAUUGUAGCUGCUUAUUUUUUCAUAGUGUAUUUAUGAACCAGGUUAGAAACUUUCAUGGGUGCUUCACUGAUACGAACAACCUUACAGGGGUCAUUACAAAAUAUCUUACAAAAUAUGAAACCAGCAAACCUGUUUUCAAAUAACACACAGUUAAAGAAGUCUAUUAAUUCAGUUCUACAGAUUUGGCUAGUCCUUGAUUCAGCAAAAAUUAAGGCCAUGGAUGACACUGAAAUGACUCAUGUCUAAAACUAAGCACACACUGAAAUGGCUUUGCUGGAUCUGGGCUCUAGUGAAGGCAGACAAUAAUGCUGCAGUAUGUGCUAUCACUGAUUCAGUAUUUGCCAUCCUUGGCUCAAAGCACAUCUUCAUGCCCAUCUUCCUAUAAUUACGAUAUGUGUGAUCUAAUAGAAAACUCUAGUAUAACUAAAACGUCUAUAAAAGUGUAUCAUGCAAUAACCAUUCUCAGCAAAAUUAUAGUGAAACAAAAAGUGACUGUGUAAAACAAUAUUCCUAGCUGCAUUCAGAAUUACAGACUGUGUGUGUUUGCUUCAAAAUUAUGUAUAAUGGUAGAAAAAAUAUGCAGCACAAAUAUGGGACUGAAAAUUUGAGUUUAUUUUUAAUUUAUUACCUCAGACAUGGAUAUAUUAUACCAAUAUUUAAUGAAAAUAGUACUGAAAAUAAAUGCCUAUUAUUCUGAA